UAUACUCUUACUAAAGCUCACACAACUGUCAUAUUGGACCACAGCUCACCUUCAUGUGUUCACUUUCCUCCAGUUGGGCACAUGACGCGUCUCAGGCUCACGCACAUGCCCCAUAGCCACUGUUACCACGCAAAAUGCCCUUGACAUAGAGAGAAAGUGAGAGAAGCCGUGAGACCACCAUUGUCUGAAGGGUAUGGAGGGCGAACAGAAACUUUACUUGUUCCUAGGAUUUGCUCUUUUUGUAUCUGUUAUUUACUGGUCUUCACCAUAUCACACACAUGGGGAUCUUACACAUUCUAAAUUGAUACAGCUUCCCAACUUCAUCUUCAUUUUGACGGAUGACCAAGAUUUGGUUCUCGGUGGCAUGAUACCCAUGACCAAUGUGGAGAGGCUCAUUGGAAAUCAUGGUGUCACUCUAGCCAAUGCCUAUGUGGCCAGCCCUCUUUGUUGCCCUAGCAGGUCGAGCAUUUUGACAGGCCAGUAUGUUCACAACCAUGGUACAGUCAACAACUCCGUUAAUGGGCAAUGUAGUGGUGUUAGAUGGCAGGAAGGGCCCGAGAAGAAGACGUUUGCCGUUCACAUGCAUCAUAACGGCUAUAGAACAUUCUUUGCUGGGAAAUACCUUAAUCAGUAUGGUAUGGCAGAUGUUGGUGGACUCAAACAUAUUCCGCCAGGCUGGGACUGGUGGCUGGGCUUGAAAGGAAACUCACGGUAUUACAACUACACUCUUUCAGUAAAUGGAACUCGUGAAGAACAUGGAUCAGAUCCUAGUCAGGACUAUCUAACUAACAUUAUAAAACGUAGGGCACUAGAGUUUCUAAGCCAGUCUUCCAUCCCUCAACCAUUUUUUAUGAUGCUCUCAGUACCUGCUGCACAUGCUCCAUUUACUCCCGAGCCAAAGUAUUUAAAUAACUUUACUUCCUUAAAGGCACCAAGGACAGAAAGCUUUAAUAUUAAAGCAGGUAAAGGCAAGCACUGGCUUUUAAGACAAGGGAUUCAACCUUUACCUAGUGAUGUUAUUAAUAAAGUUGAUGAUGUUUUCAGAAAUAGACUAAGGACAUUACUGACUGUUGAUGAAAUGGUUCAAGAUGUUAUACAGUAUUUAGAACUUAAAAACCAGCUUGAAAAUACAUAUGUGGUGUUUACAUCUGAUAAUGGAUAUCAUCUUGGACAGUUUUCUUUGCCAAUUGAUAAACGAGAGCCAUAUGAAACUGAUAUACGAGUUCCCUUUCUGAUUCGUGGGCCUAAUGUACCAGCAGGUAAAAUUAUAAAUUUCCCUACAUCAAAUAUUGAUCUUGCUCCUACUUUUUUGGACUUGGCAGGGCUGCAGAUACCAAAGUAUAUGGAUGGCAUAUCCCUGAAGCCUAUGAUAACUGUAGAAAGCACAAAUACUGUUGCAGUAAAUAAAAGCAUACCGGCAGUCAUAAAUAAGAGAGAAUAUUCAGUUGGAAAAUAUAACUUUAGUAGUUUAAAAAAAUACAGAGAGUUACGAAGGACCAUUCUUGUGGAACACGCAGGCGAGGGAUAUGCCCCAUCAGGUAUGAGUGGAUGUAAUCCUGAUUUUGCCUUUAAGUGUGAAGACUCUUGGAACAACACUUAUUCGUGCUUGAGACAAAUUAGUGAUGGGGAAAAUAGGCUAUACUGCAAAUGGGAUGAUGAUGAGGCCUUUGAAGAAAUGUAUGAUUUGGAUAAGGAUCCAUGGCAGUUAAAUAACACAGUCAAAUAUUUAACCAAGAAUGUUCACAAAAAGUUGAGAAAUCUUCUGAGGAACAUGCAGAGAUGUAGAGGGUCAAGAUGUAUUGACUUAGCUAGUUUUGUUGUUUAAGCCUAGAGUAAUUUAGGAAAUUUCUCGAUAAAGAAAGAAAUAACACUUAACAUAUCUGCAUUAUAUCCAUCAUUGAUUAAAUUUGAAGACAAUGACUUGAGUGAAAGCUAAACUGCCAUAGUAUGAUACACAUACAGAGUCCAUUACCUGAAUAUGAACAAGGUUCCUGGCCCUAGUGCUUGGUAUCCAAGCUUCUGAAGACGCUGCUCAGUUUAAUUAGGAUUAAACUAAUUUCUUGGAUUGUCAUAGAUGGAAAAUUGCCUUAACUGGAAAAAAUCUGUAUACAGUAUUUAAAUUUGUAUUUUGGAACUCCUUAACAAGGAUUUCUAAUGUCAUUAUUAGAAAUUUAAUAAUGAUAAUGAAUUUGAAAUUAUCAAUUCAAUUUAUGGUAAAUUCAGUCAUUUAUGCAUUUGAUGACAUUAUUAACUGAAAUAAGAAUGUUGUGAUGAAGUAUGGUGUUGGGGAGGAAUAUGGUGAUCAUAUUACUUGCUCCAUAUCCUGGACUGAUCGAGCCUCCUGGCAGUGUUGUUAUUUACAUACUCUUGCGUUGUCACUAUUAUGAAUAUAUUUAGGAUGUUUUUAACUAAGAUAACAUAGGUGCUCUUGGUUUCUUGGUAGCUACAAGAUAACAGUCAGAUUUUAUUUUUUUACUUAUUAACUGUUUAUUUUUGUAUUUGAGUAACAGAAACUGUGUAUUGACUCUCUUGAAACUUGCUGUUCUUAAUAGGAUGGCCUCAUGUGCAAUCUUCCCAAAAUAUUUAG